GUAGGGAGUCGGGACGGAAGAGAGCGAGGAGGAGGAGGAGGAGCUUGCGGAGCCUCCAUUUUGGUCGACGGCGGGGAGCGGCUGAGGAGCGUCGCUCUACUCGAGGCUCUCCGGCCGCCUCUUGUCGCCGCUUCCUUGCCCUCGUCCCCAUCAGUGAACGGCGCGCGCUCUCUCUCAGGCGCAAAACACGCCAGCGCGCCGUCUGGACGCGGGAGCCGGCGGCGGUAGCGGAGCGAUGGCGGCCGAGAGCCGGGAAGAAAAAGAUGGUGAAUUGAAUGUUCUGGAUGAUAUCUUGACUGAUGCACCUGAUCAUGACGAUGAGCUGUACAACCCUGAUAGUGAGCAAGAUAAAAGUGAGAAAAAGGGAUCCAAAAGAAAAAGUGAGAGGAUGGAAACUGCUGACAGUAAAAAACAGAAGGCUUCUUUGCAUUCCUCAAGGCAGAUACUGCCAAAACCUCCAAGUUCAACUGUUAGCAACAACAAAAGAAUAGUGAGCACAAAAGGAAAGCCAGUUUUGGAAUAUAAGAAUGAGGAAUAUCAGAGGUCUGAUAGGAGCAAGCGCCCCGAAAGUGACAGGAAGACCCGUAUGACAAGCAGCAGCUCAAGAGAUCCAUAUAAACCUCAGUCUGAAAAGUCAUGUGUGAGGAAAAGGGAUACUGACAGAAGGGCUAAGUCCUCCACACCAGAUGCAUCAGCGAGACUAAGGCAUGAUGUGGACAGACGGACAAGCAGGUCCAGCCACUCUUCGAAAGAAGAGGUGAAUUCUGAAGAGUAUGGUUCAGACCGUGAAACGGGUAGUAGUGGCUCCUCUGAUCCAGGAAACACUGAGAAUGAGGAAGAGGAAGAGGAGGAAGGGAUGGAGGAGGAGGAAGAGGAGGAGGAAGAUGAUGAUGGAGAAGAAGAUGAAGAAGUAGAAGAAGAUGGAGAUGAGGAUGAAGAGGAGUAUGAUCAAGAUGAGAGAGAUCAGAAAGAAGGAAAUGAUUAUGAUACACGAAGUGAAGCUAGUGAUUCCGAUUCCGAAUCUGCAUCCUUUACUGAUGGAUCAGUUAGAUCAGGCUCAGGCUCAGAAAUAUCAGAUGAGAAAAAGAAGGCAAGGAAAAGAGCUAGAGGCAUCUCUCCCAUUGUUUUUGAUAGAAGUGGAAGCUCUGCAUCAGAGUCAUAUGCAGGUUCAGAAAAGAAGCAUGAAAAAUUAUCAUCUUCCGUUCGUGCUGUCCAAAAAGACCAAACCAGCAGACUCAAAUACAUUCUCCAAGAUGCAAGAUUUUUUCUUAUCAAAAGUAACAACCAUGAAAAUGUCUCACUUGCCAAAGCUAAGGGCGUCUGGUCAACUCUCCCAGUCAAUGAGAAAAAACUCAAUGCAGCCUUCAGAUCAGCAAGGAGUGUUAUCUUAAUAUUUUCUGUGAGAGAGAGUGGAAAAUUCCAAGGUUUUGCAAGAUUAGCUUCUGAAUCUCACCAUGGAGGAUCUCCUAUACAUUGGGUGCUCCCUGCAGGAAUGAAUGCAAGAAUGCUUGGAGGCGUGUUUAAGAUAGAUUGGAUAUGCAGGCGUGAAUUGCCAUUCACAAAGUCUUCUCACCUGACCAAUCCUUGGAAUGAACAUAAGCCAGUAAAGAUUGGACGUGACGGACAGGAAAUUGAGAUUGAAUGCGGAACCCAGCUUUGUCUCCUAUUCCCACCUGAUGAAAGUAUUGACUUGUAUCAACUCAUUCAUAAAAUGCGACACAAGAGAAGAAUGCACUCUCAGCCUCGGUCAAGAGGACGACCAUCCCGCCGAGAGCCACUCCGAGACGUGGGAAGGUGUCGACCAGACGAUUAUGAUAUUCAUAACAGCAGAAAGAAACCAAGAAUUGAUUAUCCCCCAGAAUUUCACCAAAGACCAGGAUAUUUAAAGGAUCCCAGAUACCAAGAUUUAGACAGACGAUUUUCAGGAGUCCGGAGAGAUGUCUUUUUAAAUGGGUCCUACAAUGAUUACGUGAGAGAAUUCCACAACAUGGGGCCACCACCGCCCUGGCAAGGAAUGCCUCCUUACCCAGGUAUGGAACAGCCUCCCCAUCAUCCUUAUUAUCAGCACCAUGCUCCACCACCACAAGCUCACCCUCCUUAUUCAGGGCACCAUCCCAUACCACAUGAUGCUCGAUAUCGGGAUAAGCGAGUGCAUGACUACGACAUGAGAGUAGACGACUUUCUCCGUCGGACGCAGGCAGUUGUCAGUGGCCGAAGAAGUAGGCCCCGAGAGCGGGAAAGGGAACGUGAGCGGGAUCGACCCCGAGAUACAAGAAGAGACAGAGACAGAGAUCGAGGCAGGGACAGGGAGCGAGAGCGAAUAUGUGAUCGAGACAGAGACAGAGGUGAAAGAGGAAGAUACAGAAGAUAAUGUAUUAUGAAACUAUGUCACUUAAAGAAGCAAAGGCUUGUAUAUUUGUGUGUUUACAGGUAGUAAACCUUUUCCUUCCUCAGCCUACUUUAUUGUGUAGAAGGAUUUAUAAUUGACCCUGUUUGUUCCAAGCAUGCAGUAAGCUGUGAACUGGAAAAAAAAACCCUCAGCCAAAAAUAUGUGCAGAGUUGAUGACUUUCAUUUGAGUAGUAUGAAAAACAGUAUGUAGAUAGCCUGUCCCUAUGUGUUAACAGUAAUUUAAUCACAUUUUUUCUGGAUAUUGAUAACUUCCAUAAGAUUUUUGCUCUGUUUUCUUACAUGUAGUUUUUACAUGAUUUCUGUGGGGGGAAAUGGAAGGAAUGCUGCUAUCAAGGAAGCAAAUACUGAAUGCGAUGGUUUGGCGUAAGACAUCUUUGGAGCAGCCGUCUUUUGGUUUUUCUGGCUGUUGUUUUUUUAACUUCUGUAAAAGUCAAGCUUGUUCAAUAAUGAAAGCAAUAUAAAGAUACUGAGACCUAAUUUUUAACCUUCAAAAAGAAUGUUUUUGUGUUCUGGUGGCAUUUUGGUUAAUGCUUUUGUUUAAUUGCUUUUCCUGGUCCCUUAUUUCCCUGAAAUGUCCACAUUGUUUAGAAUGUCCACCCCUUGUGUAGAACACAAAAUACUGCUGUAUUCUACAUUGCUACAAUUGCUUUUUUUAAAUAAUAAAUUGGUAACAGACAUCA